UCGAUAAAAACCAUAUAACAUAGAAAUAUAAGACGGACGUAAAAAAAAAAUAAAAAGAAUACGGGCGGUCAAUAAAAGUUCAUGAGGAUCACGAUAAUUGGAAGGAAGCUUUAACGAAAUAGAAAGGUCGUUAACGUGUCGCAUGCCUGAACGCACGCUUCCGUUUAUCCGAGAUCAAUACUUAGCCUUCGAAUUUGAUUUAAGAGUUAAUACAGAAGGAAGAACGAAGCUUGUUCUGACUUCUGAGGUGCGGGAGCGGGCUCCAUUUACCAUUCAUAAGUCGAAGACGCCACACCACAAACCAAACAGCCGGUCUCUUUGGACUAUGUUGCUGCUCCAGCUUCGGCAGCUACAACCCAUUAGUGGCUUAUGUCAAUCCCCAUCUACAGCUCGAAUUCAGGGACGAGGAAGAGUUCGUAGCGAAGCUUUGCAAACACAAACACUUUCCUCUAGAACCCAAAGAAUAAUGGAAGGUAUUUCAAUAAGUAGUGAAGUAGGGGGCGCUGGUGGGGCUUACUCAUAUAAUGCUUUAAGAAGGUUGGACCAAUUAUGGUCAAGUAUUUGCUCUGCACCUGCAGCUCCGCAGGAACAGUGGAACGUAGUCUCUUGUAUUCCAGGUUUAUUUAGCCAUUCUGAUAUGUCUGAAAGAGCAGUAGAUACAUUUGACAUAAUAGUCUGUGGGGGUACUUUGGGCAUAUUUAUUGCUACAGCAUUGAGUAUCAAAGGCCUUCGAGUAGGCAUUGUGGAAAGGAAUCUACUAAAGGGGAGAGAACAAGAAUGGAAUAUCUCAAGGAAAGAGCUCUUAGAACUUGUUGAGGCUGGCAUUCUAGUAGAAGAUGAAAUUGAACAAAUUACAGCAGCAAAGUUUAAUCCUAACAGAUGUGGAUUUGAGGGGAAAGGUGAGGUUUGGGUUGAGGACAUUCUUAACCUUGGUAUUUCGCCAUUUAAGCUUAUAGAGAUCAUGAAGAAACGUUUUACUUCCCUUGGCGGAGUAAUUUUGGAGGGUUAUAGUGUGUCUAACAUAUCCAUAUAUGAGGAUUCUGCGGUUAUGCAACUUACUGAGGGAAAAAUUUUGUCAUCGCGCCUCAUCAUUGAUGCAAUGGGAAACUUCUCCCCUGUGGUAAAACAGAUCAGAUCAGGAAGGAAGCCAGAUGGUGUUUGCCUAGUUGUUGGUUCUUGUGCUCGUGGUUUCAAAGAAAACUCAACAAGUGAUGUAAUUUUUAGUAGUUCAUCAGUGAAGAAAGUUGGGAAUUCUCAAGUACAUUAUUUUUGGGAGGCAUUUCCCGCUGGCUCAGGUCCCACUGAUAGAACUACUUAUAUGUUCACUUACGUUGAUCCUCAACCGGGAUGCCCAAAAUUGGAAGAACUACUGGAAGACUAUUGGGAUCUUAUGCCUGCUUAUCAGGUUAUUAAUUGUAUUCUUCCAUGCUCAUUGCAAUUAUGCUUCCAAGUUAUGGGAGUCUUGCUUGAUGAUUUGGAGAUACUUAGAGUUAUUUUUGGCAUUUUCCCUACAUAUUGUGACAGUCCACUGCCAGCUUCUUUCGAUCGUAUUCUACAGUUUGGUGAUGCUAGUGGCAUACAAUCCCCAGUUUCAUUUGGUGGUUUUGGGAGUUUGACUCGUCACCUUGGCAGACUAUCAACUGGAAUAUAUGAAGCAUUUAAUGGCAAUUUUCUUGACUCGUACAGUUUAUCCCUAUUAAAUCCUUACAUGCCCAAUUUAAGUGCAUCCUGGUUAUUUCAAAGAGCAAUGUCCGCAAAACAACAAGCUGAUGUCUCACCAGAUUUCAUUAAUGAGCUUCUGUAUGUUAAUUUUCACUGUAUGCAGAGGCUAGGGGAUCCAAUACUAAGACCAUUUCUUCAGGAUGUAAUACAAUUUGGGCCUCUGGUGAAGACAUUGGGUUUAGUUAUGCUCAGUAAACCUCAAAUUAUUCCAUCAAUAUUCAAACAGGUUGGAGUCUCUGUGCUUCUUGACUGGUUUGGACAUUUUGUCAUGCUGGGUUAUUAUACGUUUCUCUCACUCCUCAUUGAUCCUGUCAUAAGGCCAUGGCUAAACACACUUCCAGACAAAAGGAAGUAUGAAUGGAAGCGACACCUUGAUGCUUGGAAGUAUGGAUCUGGUUUAGAUUACAAGCAAUAAGGAUCAAGGAAUUGCUCAACAGUGUUACGCAAGGGUGCAUAUACCUGCACUCGUAGCCUUAGAGAUAAACAAGUAUUAUCUUUUGAAAUGUUGUGAUACAGAUGCAGAAACAUAUAAAAACAUGUAUUCUAUGAGUUUGCCCAGAAAGUGAUAUUGGGGGUGGUAGUCUUUGUUGAGGGUUACUAAUGGAAGAAUUUUCUAUUAUUGUUCAUAUUUUGUUACAAAAGAAAGUUCACGUGUGAUCACUAUUCACUAAUAUGUGAAGAGCCAACAAUGAGGGUGUGGACUCAUUACGACAAUGAGGUGCAGUAUCUUCACUUCAACUGCAGGGUUUCCAUGUAUAGAGGAUCUGAUUUAUGAAUUAUUUUGGAAUUCUAGUAGUAGCUUAUCCACCUUUA